UAUGGCAAUUGAAUAUCUACAUUAUAGUCAUGUCAAUUAGAUAGUUCAUUGUGACCUAAAGCCAGCCAACGUUCUUUUGGAUGAAGAUAUGGUGGCUCAUAUUGGUGAUUUUGGAAUCUCUAAAAUUUUAGCCAUAAGCAAGUUCAUGGCUUAUACCGAGACAUUAGGCACUCUUGGAUACAUUGCACCAGAAUAUGGCUUGGAGGGAAUAGUGUCCGCUAAUGGUGAUGUUUAUAGUUAUGGCAUCAUGUUGAUGGAGGUUUUGACCAAAAGAAGGCCAAUAGAUGAAGAGAUAUGCAAUGAAAAUCUUGACUUGAGAAAAUGGAUAACACAAUCAUUUUCAGGGACUAUGAUGGAUGUUUUGGAUGCUAAUUUAUUUUCUAAGGAAGAACAAAUCACUUCUAAAAGUGAAAGUUGCAUCGCCUGCACGAUGGAACUAGCUUUUGAUUGCACAAAGGAAAUGCCAGAAUCAAGGAUAACCAUGAAAGAUGUAGUCAAGAGGCUUAACAAAAUCAAGAACACGUUUCUAGAAUCAUAGAAGUUAGCAUCUCUUCCGGUGGUGUUCUUUCUAAGC